AUGGUCAAGCUUCGUGUCAGCGUCGGAGGAUCGUACACCGAUCUCGCCAUCAUCAACCCUAACGACGAACGUCACCCUUUCGAGUUCGAGACACCAGAGUUCAAGGGCCGUGCUGUUAUCCGCAUCAAGGACUUUGUUGGCAUCACGAAUGACGGAUCUGCGCCUAUCUACUCUAACGAAUACUUCAAGGGACACAACCGCAAGUUCUCCAUCCAGGUUGAAGGACGUUUCAAGCGCGAGUGGGACGGCGAACAGGUCUACUUCGGAACAGAUUUUGACCGGUCGGUUGAACUUCCUCACGGAUUUGAGACAAUGCUCCGGGUCGCCAGAUACAUCGACCCUGUCGUCAAGACCUCCCUCACCAUGGACGGCCAGCCCUGGAUUCUCUCUCCUCUCGUCUCGUCCAUCAACACUCUGGCCGCAUGGAGACCCCAGGAUGCCAUCCUGCCCUCACCACCCCUUACCCCUCGCCAGACUGCAGACAUGGCCCACGCCCUCAACAUGAGCGAGUCGAGCCCCAUGUGGGGCUUCUUGGGCAAGCUCAAGCGUGGUAACCGCAGCUCUGCCGCCAGUGUCAGCAGCCAUACCUCCCACGAUGUCUAUGGCAGCCAGCCCGCCUCAACCAACAACUCGAACGAUCAUUUGGAGGACAGCCAGCACAACCACGGCAGCGGAAACUCUUCCUUGUCUUCCUCCUCGUCCUCGUCUGACUGGCCUAAUGGCUCCAACCCCACCAUCGCAGCGACUGAGAAUGCUUUUGACGACUCUGGAAUGCCACUUGGUCAAUGGCGCCCACACGUGGAGGAGGACACUGCAUUCUUUAUGAAAAAGGCCAUGACAACUGCCCAGCGUCGCAAGUAUUUCCAAACAGAGGUGGCACGGAAGCUGUUUGUGUUCAAGACCGACCUUGUCCACGGAUUCGAGUUCUAUUCUCCACACAUGGACUUCAACACGUUCGACAUCCACAUGGGUCUGAGCAUGAACAUCCGCAAGUACCUCGCUGGCCAACCUGUCCGUUACACUUGCCGAACCUUGUCAGGCGAUGUUGUCUUCUGGGCAGUGCAGUUUGAGCUCGUCGAUUAA